AGCAACCACCAGGGGAGCAAAAACUGAAAGUUCUCCAGGGAAGCUGGACAUAAGCACAGGAUAUAAGCCCACACACACUCGCUUUACAUGCCCUUCGACGAAGUCUCCUUCUGCGGCUCCAGUUUGCUGGUGUUUUAGAAAUCAGAAAGCACACACAGCAGGAAUGGAGCUGUAUUGUCUGGAAGCCGAAACCGUGCCGCGAGCCCGUCCGGACCCGAACCCCCUGGGCGAUGACAGGGUGCUGCAGAGCCUUCUGACCAUCGAGGAGAGGUUUCUGCCUCAGUGCUCCUAUUCCAAAUGCGUACAGAAGGACAUCCAGCCGUUCAUGCGCAGGAUGGUGGCCACCUGGAUGCUGGAGGCAGUCAUCAUGCUGCUGAACAUGAUCAGUAAGAACUGUGACUACGACUCGUACCAGCCCUACUUCUACUUUGACACAGAGGAGGAUGAGUUCUACACACAGCAGCACGGGCAGCCGCCGGCUCUCAGUGAGCUCCUGCCCACUCCUCCUCUGUCCCCAAGCCGGCGCUCGUCCUUCUCCAGCUCCUUCCCGUCCACUGCUGAUCAGCUCGAGAUGGUCACAGAGUUCCUUGGGGAUGACUUGGUGAACCAGAGUUUCAUCUGCGAUGCAGAUUCGUCACAGAAUUUGCUUGAGUCCAUUAUUAUCCAGGACUGCAUGUGGAGCGAUUUCUCUGCAACAGCGAAACUGGAGGAGUUGGUCUCAGAGCGCCUCGCAUCUCUCGGAGCAUCCCGGAAAAGCUGGAGUCAGAAGAGUGAGUGCUCCGAAGACUCUGCCUCGAAUGUCGGCUAUCUGCAGGACGUUAAUGUCAACUCUGUUUCGGACCUUUCAGUGGUGUUUCCAUACCCGCCCACAGUGUGUAUGAAGUUUAGUAAGGAGUGUGACGAGCGCUCUCUGGACGGUACACCCAACUUUGAGAGCAGUGACAGUGAGUCCGGUGACAAUGAAGAGGAGCUUGAUGUCGUGACAGAAGAAAAAAGGAAAUCUGCUGAGAAGUGUGAUGCAAGCCCUGUGGUGCUGAAGUGGGGUCACUUGACCAGCCAGCAGCACAACUGUGCGGUGCAGCCAUGCACGUGCGGUGAACAGCCUGCUGUAAAGCGGUUUUGCUUCCACGACAGUAGCAGUGGAGGUGUGCGGGUGCCCAAACAAAUCGUCAUGGGUCCCAAAAUGUUGGACCCCAAGGACAAAAAACAGUGGCGGACUCGCAAGGUGCUGGAGCGCCAGCAGCGUAACGAGCUCAAGCGGAGUCGCUUUGUGUUGAGUGAUGAGGUCCUGGCAGGAGCCAACAACAAGAAGGCAGCCAAGGUGUUGAGCAGCUCCUGAGCUGCUCUGGACUGGGACUUUUUAAAGCCCUUCAGUUGUUUGAAUUUUGAUGGCGCGGCACUGAGCUGACGUACGGACUCUACUUGCACCCCAUCAUGGUUGCGGACUCGACCUUAAUGCAUUUACACUGCCUCAGUUUCACUUGAAGUUUCAGAUUUGUAUUUAACUUUAUAUUUAGCAGUAAUGGACAGCAGUACCACUCACUGUUGGUCUUAACUUAAUGUUUUGGGUUCUUUUGUA